GGCCCAGGGAAACACAACACAAAAACCUGCUCACCGGUCAAUUGCAUCCUGGAUGUUUGUUUGCUACCACCCAGAUCGCAAUCAAAAGCCACACCACACCGCCCUCAACCUUGAGCAACUCCUAUAUUGUUCACAUCACUGCCUCAAACACCCAAAGGAACACGAUGCAGACAAAGCGAGAGCACACGAGUGCGCUAGACAAACCAGAAACAAAACGGACACGGAUAUCAAAGGAUGAAGCCACACUCAGGAAACGUACGCCACUACGCCCUCCGACACUCGCUACAGACAUCUACGUGACACAAACAUCCAGCUACAAAGGCCAGUUCACUCGCGCUAAAAAGCUACUUGUCGAGGAUGGACACCCGUUUAUCAUGCUUCACGCUAUGGGCGCAGCAAUUGAACGAGCCAUUGGACUCGCCAUGGGAAUAAGCACCGCCUGUUCAGGUCAAGUUCGAUGCCACGCCGAAACAGCAACCGUAGAUCUGGUGGACGAUGUCAUCCCAGUCGACACGGAGAAGGACCUCGACACCAACACUCGUCAGAACUCUGCAGUACACAUCAGGAUAGAGAUGGUGCAGCCCAUGCCAGGAACACAAAAAGAAUACGAGCGCACAUCCGCCAAUCAAGGAGAUAGGAGAAGGCGGCGUUAGCCAGCAUAGAUGGCUCAACGUACAUCUUCCCGCCAAAGACGACAACUUCAGCGGCGAUACAAGACGCGGAUAAACCUCUUAUCUCGCACUUACAACCUGUACCAUAGCUAAUCGACGAAUAAAGAUAACAAUUGUACAUACAUG